UUAGAGGUGUCAGGGAUCGUUAAUCUGUGCGGGAGCGACAGUCUGCCACUCACGCUGCUCCUGAACAACGUUCACCAUUCAUCGGCGGCGAAGGGGAGCGGAGCACAUUUGGUGUCGACGCGCGUCGGGGAAUCUCCCCCCUCGCUUUUUUUAUUUUAUUUUUUACAAUGGAUACCUGCAGGGUGCGAGCCUGGGUGUUUCUGCUCCUGUUAUGGCAGGACGGGUCUUUGGCAUCGCAGUUUCCGACACAGCUCAUGAUUAAAGAAUGGGUUGAUCAGAUGCAGAAAGAGCUUGUCACCCUGGCAGACACGGCCACAGCUGCGAAGGGCCUCACUCAGAUUUUUCUGAGAAACCAACACCUGUACACUGUGGAGCAAAACGACGCAGAGGAGCUGGUGGCCAGAGCAGCCAGGAAAAUUGAACAGCUGCUGCGAAAGAGGUCUACUGCCUUGGAGAAACUGGCCACAGCUGCUGAGAACUUCCAGAUGGCGCAUGAGUGGAAAGACGAGUUUGAGGAUGAUGAAAUCUCCUACUACAACGCAAAGGACAAUCUGGAUGCAAAUGAGACGGAGGGAAGAAAAUACAGAAUUCGACCAGACUUUAAAGAGGACCCGUCAUUUAAACGUUUGACUGAUCACAACCACACGGCUGUCCACAUCCCCACUGACAUCUAUGAUGGCUCCACCAUUGUGCUGAAUGAGCUGAACUGGUCGGAGGCACUGGAGGACGUGUUUAGAAAGAACAGAGAGGAUGACCCGACCCUUCUCUGGCAGGUGUUUGGCAGCGCUACGGGGCUGGCUCGCUACUACCCAGCUUCUCCGUGGAUGGAUGCUCGCAAGACCCCCAGUAAAAUUGAUCUGUAUGACGUCCGCAGGAGGCCAUGGUACAUUCAAGGAGCUGCCUCGCCCAAAGAUAUGCUAAUCCUCGUGGAUGCAAGUGGGAGUGUGUCUGGCUUGACUCUUAAACUGAUCAGGACCUCCGUCAGUGAGAUGCUGGAGACUCUGUCUGAUGACGACUACGUCAAUGUGGUUUAUUUUAACACCAGAGUGAAGAAGACGGCGUGUUUCGACCAUCUGGUUCAAGCCAACGUGAGGAACAAGAAGCUGCUGAAAGAUGCUGUUCAGAACAUCACAGCCAAAGGGAUUACAAACUACACAAAAGGCUUUGAGUUUGCUUUUGAGCAGCUCUCUGCGACGAAUGUGAGCAGAGCAAACUGCAACAAAAUCAUCAUGCUGUUUACUGAUGGAGGAGAGGAGAGAGCUCAGGCCAUACUGGAAAAAUACAAUGCUGACAAAAAGGUGAGGAUCUUCACUUUCUCAGUCGGACAGCACAACUAUGAUAAAGGACCCAUUCAGUGGAUGGCCUGUUCCAACAAAGGUUACUUCUAUGAGAUUCCUUCCAUUGGAGCCAUCAGAAUAAACACACAGGAGUACCUGGAUGUCCUGGGAAGGCCAAUGGUUCUUGCAGACAAGCAGGCCAAACAAGUCCAGUGGACUAAUGUAUAUCUUGAUGCCCUGGAGCUGGGUCUGGUCAUCACUGGAACACUACCUGUAUUCAAUAAAACCAAGACCAAAGAUGACAGGAAUGGCGAGCACCAGAAUCAGUUGAUUCUUGGCGUAAUGGGGAUUGACGUGUCUCUGGAUGACAUCAAGAAGCUCACACCGCGCUUCACAAUUGGUCCAAAUGGAUACUACUUUGCCAUUGAUCCCAAUGGAUAUGUCCUGCUACACCCCAAUCUCCAGCCAAAGAAUCCUAAAUUCCAGGAACCUGUUACACUGGACUUCCUGGAUGCUGAGCUGGAGAAUGACAUCAAAGUGGAGAUCAGGAGAAUGAUGAUCGAUGGUGAGACAGGCGAACGUACCAUCGACACUCUGGUGAAAACUCAAGAUGAGAGGUACAUCGAUAGAGGAGUCAGGACCUACACGUUUGCGCCGGUCAAUGGAACAGAUUACAGCCUGGCCCUCGUACUGCCUAAAUACAGUGAACACUUCAUUCAAGCUAAACUGGGGGAUGACAUUCAGAAAGCAAUGUCCAUGGAAACCAUACAGCCGGAGAGGUUUGAUGAGUAUGGUUACACCUACAUCGCUCCAAGGGAGUACUGCAAAGAGCUGAAGUUGUCACUCAACAACACCCAGUUUGUCGUCGACUUCAGCCAGUACAUUGAUAGGAACACUCCAGAUGCAUGUAAUGUGUCCCUGGUGAAUCGAGUAAUCCUGGAUGCAGGUCUGACAGCUGAACUGGUUAAACUUUGGAACGAGCAGACAGUGGAUGGGAUAGUGGCCCGGUUUGUAGCCACAGAUGGAGGAAUCACAAGAGUCUACCCAAGAAGUGCUGGGGAAGAGUGGACUGAGAACCCGGAGACAUACGAGUCCAGCUUCUACAAAAGGACCCUGGACAAUGAAAUUUAUAUCUUCACAGCUCCAUCUUUCAACCCAGAGGGCAGGGAGCCUGUUUCUGAGUCAGGUAUUCUGGUGAGCAAAGCAGUAGACCUCACGAUCAAUGAAGUCACGCUCAAACCAGCAGUGGUGGGAGUGAAACUCAAUGUCUCUUUCUGGAUGAACAGUUUCAUUAAUGCGACACUGAAACUGAACUGCAAGGAUGAGAUCUGUGGCUGUCUGAGGAAUGACAAGCAUGUGGACUGUGUGAUCCUGGACGAUGGGGGAUUUCUUCUCCUGUCUAACCAGGAGGAAUAUAUCACCCUGAUAGGUCAGUUCUUUGGCGAGGUGGAUCCUGUGCUGAUGAUCAAUCUGGUCAACACCUCCCUGUACUCCUACAACAAGACCUAUGACUACCAGUCUGUCUGCGACCCAGAGAAAGACAGCAAAGCUGCAGCAGGACCGCGCUCCAUCUAUGUGCCUACCAUUGCAGACCUGCUCAGUAUUGGCUGGUGGGCCUCGAGUGCUGCCUGGUCGAUACUCCAGCAGCUCUUUUUUGGUCUCAUGUUCCCCGACCUUCUAGAAGCAGUGGAGUCAGCAGAUGAUGACAUACCAGAUGCCAUGUUUAAAGAAAGCUGCAUCACAGAGCAGACUCAAUACUUCUUUGACAAUGAUGAAAGAUCCUACUCAGGUGUCCUAGACUGCGGAAACUGUUCCAGGAUGUAUCGUGCCGAGAAGCUGCCAAACACCAACCUAGUGUUCCUGAUCACUGAUGCCAAGGCGACAUGUUUGUCAUGUGACCCCAGACCGCUACGACAGGCUGAACAACCCUCUGAAGGUCCAGAUCCAUGCGAGCUGGCCCAGAAUCCAAGACACCGCAAAGGGCCGGAUGUGUGUUUCGACAACAAUGAAAACGAAGAUGACUCUGAUUGCGGAGGAGGGACUUGUCUAAGCCCCAGUCUUUGGUCAAUGCUCGGGCUUCAACUACUGCUGCUGUGGUUUGUCACACCUCUUCAACACUCAUGACCCCUACACACACACUCACACACUUACACACUGAUCAUCAUCUCAACCCACAAUAGGCUGAAAGACACUCUAGUUAUACCAUCCAGGACAUGUGCGGAAUUUUUGCAACGAGACAUUUUGUUUUCUGAUGACAGUAUCAUCAUUUCCAUUCUCCAAUGCCAAAGGGUGCUCAUCCAUUUCCUCCUUGUCAUUUUCAAAAAUAGAGACAAAUUUACUGUGCUCAGCUGCACUCAUGUCCAUGAUUUACUCCUUAAUACUCUCCUAUGGUGCAAGAGUAAGAGCUAACCAAACCCUUUAAUUCUGCCUCAUUUUGUUUCUCUUAUUUAUUUAAUGGAGGUUGAAGAGUCCCACUAUGCCAACUAAAUAUCAUUCAAAGACUGUAUGUUCACUGACAGCGUUGAUUUGUGUAUAUUGUCGAUAUUGUUUGUUGCUUAUUAAACUGUUGCGUAUGAAUCAUUAUGCUGUAAUGAUUUUUUUUUUUUUGGCAACCAGUGCAACUAUAAGAAAUAUCCCUUGUGUUUUUAAAUGUACUGUACCUAUCUAUUUAUCUAUUUCAUGUUUUUUUUUUUUUUUUUUUUUAACUCAAAAUCAAUUGAGUUACUUACGUGAAUAGCUAGGUGUUGUAUUGUAGCAGCAUGUGCUCAGUACAGAGCUAAAGGCAACACUAGUACUCUGACACCAAAGCUCCACACAGGACCACAGAUACACACAAACCUACGACAGAGAAUCUGCAGGCUAGUGUAUUUUAAGAGAUUACUCAGACGUGGGUGUAUAGCAGUAUUAAAGUUAUGACAUUAUUUAGAUAGAUAGAAGUUAGUGAAAAUCUGUCAGGAUAUUGCAAUUUCAAAUGUUUGUACUUGGUCUGACAGCUUUGGUUGUCUUCAAUUUGAUGCAUCGAAUUCCCAGUGCCUACAUAGUAG